AUGUGCCUGGAAGCGUGUCUUGCUGAUGAGUUUCUCUCCCAGCAGCAGCUGCACUCGCGCUACGUCCUCCAGCUGCUGCUGGAGACGUGGAAACGGCUCCGGAUGCUGCCGAACAUCAACCGCAUUUCCACGUGCCACAGCAAAGAGAUCACCAUUUGUGAUAUAAUCGGAAAAAAGGUGUGUCAGUCUCCUCCGGAAGAUGUAGAGACUGUCUGCUGUGUCGAUGUCGUCUGGCGCGGGGCCCGAGCACGAGCCAGGAUGGGACCAGUGGGGACAUUCGCCACCGUGCGAGCCACAGAGGAGAGUGAGGAGCGGAGUGUGGGGGUAUUCGGGAGGUCACCCGGGGGCAGAGCUGUUGAGGGUGACAGUGAGGUCGUGGGUGGGGGCUUUCCUGGAAGGAAUCUCAAGCUUUCCCUGGAUCUCUUCAGCUUGGAAGGUGGAGAGGGUCUGGGAGAGGGAGCCAGGAAAGGCAGAGAGGUGGGUGGGGAGAGAGGUGCCAAGGAGAAGGCAGAGGAGAAGCAAGAGGAAGCAGAGAAGUCUGCAGAGCUGUUUGUUGCUGACAGUCAGUCCAGAGAGACAGUCACCAGCAGCUGGGACAGUUCCAGAUUGGUGGAGGGACUGCAAUUAGCAAACUUGGACCAUAUAAUCAACCUGAGGUACGGCUUCACAAAGGAGGUGUUGACGAAAUACAAGAUGCACGGCAAACGGAUCCUGAAGCUGCUGGUCCUCGCCAGAGUGGACAGACACAACUAUGUCUCAGCGCUGAGGCCUCCCAAGAAGAGACACCAGAACUCAGCCAGUCUGUCCGUGGACUCGGACAUGGACGAGGACGUCUGGUCCCCCAACAAGAUGUUCCUGCGGCGUAAAUCCCUCACGCUCCUCAAACCCGUGCCUCGCGACAGCUUCCAAAACCGCUCGCUGCAGGACUUCUCCGACCAGAUCCAAGCGAAGACGGAGGACGAGGCGGCGGAGCUCUGCAACAGGAGACCGUCCGUCUUCAACUCGGGAGUCGGAGCGCCCGAAAAGGAGAUGGCGGCGUCCACGUCCUCCGAGUCCAUCAGUGUGAUUGACGAGUGGAAACAGAUCCUGGACCUGCUGUGGAGCGACCCGAUGAACCAGGACGGCUGCGUGCCCAACGAGGUGCGGGGCGGGGGCUGCUACUGCCCUGACGUCACCGAGGACUUCCUGAGCAGACACAACCUGCAGCUCCUCAUCCGCUCCCACGAGUGUAAACAGGAAGGCUCCGAGUUCUGCCACAACCGCAAGGUCCUCACGUUGUUCUCCGCCUCCAAUUACUACGACGUGGGAAGCAACAGGGGGGCCUACGUGAAGUUGGGUCCAGACCUUGUGCCUUAUUUAUUUCAAUACCAGGCCAGCAGCAUGAUCAGAGAGCUCACCGUGAGGCAGAGCGUCGGACGAACCGAGCGCUCGGCCCUUAAAGUCCUGCGAGACCUCAUCUGUGCCUUCAAAACGUUCGACAGCGACAACACAGGUCUGGUGUGUCUGAACGACUGGGCCUCUGCCGUGGAGAGCGUGACGCACCUCGGCCUCCCCUGGAGGAUGCUGCGCUGCCAGCUGGUCCCCUGCAAGACCAACGGCGGCAUGAUCGACUACCACGAGUGGUUCGACGAGCUCACCAUCAAAGGACCCAACGCGGACCACAUUGACCAGAGUCUGCUCGAGACUCUGUGUCGUCACCGCUCCACCUUCGAGACCAUCUUUAGAAUCGUAGAUGCCGACAACUCAGGUAAAAUAUUGAAUUAAUCACUAUAUACACACACUCCUCAUAUGGUUUACACGCUGAGGGGAAAUAAUGUGUCGAAAUGAAGUGCAUUGACUCGCAGAGACCAUCCAAUGAGAGGCAGGGCUCUGUGAAGUGUUUGCCGUGUCCAGAUGGAGACGUUGUUAAUCUGUCGCAUGCCCUACGGCCACAUAAGGUUACGGUCAUCCCAGUUAAAGUGAGGAUUAACCCACUGAUCUACUCGCCACCCCAUCCCCCACGUCUAAUCACACACACUGUUUCCUCUUUUCUCAGUAUCCCAUGUGAUCAGUAUCAGAUCACAUGGGAUUAGAGAGGGGAUCGAGUUCAGGGUAUCCGCCGGCAAUCGUUCAUUUCACAUUUUGAUGCAGUUUCAUCCAAUGAGGACGUGUGGAGGGGGACACACAACUUAAUAAUGUGUCUUUUAUUAAGUCAUUAAAUCUGUCAUUAUAAUUGCUAGCUUGGCUCUGUCUGAAGGAAACUGUUGUUCACAAAUUUAUAUUUAGAUUUACGAUGUUUAAUCCAUACUAGAAACUAAUUUACUAAUUCCAGUAUUAUGGUCAAGAAUGC